AUGUCUCACCAGUCGUCCACUACCCGAACUGAGGAAAAGCCCCAGGCCCAGAACGAAGGGCAGCUCAAGAUCCAGAACGACACGAAACCCAUGAGAGUACCCUCCGUCAUCCUCACAGCCCCCAAUGGCGAAACCCAUCGGGCCACUCGCAAAACAUGUCACAUCUACUACCGCCAGAAUUGCAGGGAGCUCUUCAACCAGCUCCACCGAACGCAGUGGAAGCAGCGGAGGAAAAUCGAAGAGGUCCAACGCGAAGUCGCCAUGGAACAAUCCCACAGGAAACGCAAAACCGAAGAGCUUGAGCGCGAACUCGCCAAGGAACGACACGAGAAGAAGCGACUUGAACGCAAGCUCCUCAAAGAACAGGCCGAGAGAAGGCAAGUCAAGGCCGACCUCGCCAAAGAACGGAACAACGUUCUCCUGCUGGAGGCUUUUGGUCCGGCGAGGUCCGCUGAGGUCAUGCAGUUAUUACGUGAGCUCCGUGCGAUCAAAUGGGAGGCAAAGAUGAAGAAGCUGUUGGAAGGCAGACCUUCGCUAAAACCGACUUCGUGUGAAAACUGA